GGUUUGCGCCAGGGGUGGUGGGGGUUAUUGGAGGCGCGCGGGGACGUGAGAGCGCGAGAGAGAGGAGGAAGAAGAGAAAAAAAAAAAAAAACCUCAACCAUCAUCGACGCGCUGGUGCUGCGGGGUCACGAACUAUGACCUUUAACAGGAGAAAAUCAAAACAAACAUUUUAUAAAAAAGCCGAGCGCUCUAAAUCCGUGACCAGCGUUUAUCGGAGGUAAGUCUGAGUGUCGGGUUGAAAACCGUUCAAAGCUCUGCUCAUGACACCGGACGAUAAAACAGUGCUGCUAAUCUCGGAGCUAGCUGGUUAGCCUGUCGAUGCGGAGCUUCCCUCUAAGCCCGACUCGACUUUCAGGGACCCGGGGAGGGGAAAGGCUGUGCAGACAGACAGUUAGAUGAAGUGUCAACAUGCGGCUGCUCUCGGUUUGAACCCAGCCUUGUUUGUUAUUAUGACCAAACGAACUGAGUAAAGCUUGCAGCAGUCCUUGUUGCUGUUUCCCUGUAUUCAGCUCGCUUGAACAGCUGAUAUGGGAAAGCUCCCAUUUAAGUGGCUGCAGAUGAACUCGACCCUUUUACCUUUGCCAUCUCGGUGACAGCAGUGGGAUGAAUUGAUUAUGACAGUUAAAAGCUGCGUUUUUAUAUUUCACCUACUUUCUAAAUACAAAUAACUACAUACAGUAAUGUGUAGGUUAUGAUCGCUUUAAUAUUCAUUUAGCAUAAGGAUUUGUCUCUGGUGUUACUGGCCUACUGCCAGGUUCUCCAUUUUGUUCUGUGUUGUGAUGCAUUCAAGACUUUGGAUGUGAUGACAGACAUGCUGUUUGACCAAUCAUUAAAUAAUGUGCAGCAGCAUACUCCUCCCUUUGGUCAGUGUGCAGUCUCUGCAGGCUCAUGCAUCAGUUCAUACUUGCUCUGUCAACUUGUAUUCUCAUUGUAAUUGUAAAAAAACAAAAACAAAGUGCAAGAUGGUAGUUGUUGCAGCAGUGAUUUUGCAUAGGGGAGAGUGGGGUAAGAUGAGACAGUUUUCAUAUUUCAGAUCACUACAUCAAGGCAAUUAUAGUUUUGUCUCUCACUAGUGUAUCUGCAUAUCAAGAUGUUGUGCAUCCCUGCAAACCAACAGAAUGAGUUUAAACAUAACUGUCUUGAUAAUAUAGGAUGCCAAAAAAAGUGGUCUCGGUUGAAGUUGACCAAAGGAGCAAAGUAAGUUAAGUAUCCUUACUACCUCCCACUCUCCACCCCAGCCCUCCCUCACCUUCUCUUUCCCUAAAUAACAGUCACUUCUUCACAUAUAUAUAAUACAUAUAACUGUUAAAAAGCUGCUUUGUAUAAAGUCAUAAUAUGAGAAUGUCUUUAAGUGAUUCAGAACAUUUCACAGCUGUAUUUUUUUUACCCCAGAACUACUAUGAUGACUUAAAUUGAGCCAAAGGGUGUUUAGCCACCCCCUGUUGCUUGGAAAUGGUAAAAGAAAUUGAUCAUGUGACCAAAUAUUUAGGAGAUGGGCAUCAAUUCAUGGAGUCUGUGAAGGUUAGAAGCAUAUGGGUGAAGGGGUUAGAUUUAAAAAAAAAAAACAUUUUUCACUCUUGAAAAGUGAAUUUAGUUUUAUUAGAAUUGUGUUCAGGUCAAAAAAGAUUGAAAAGGUCAAAAAUAUAGCAUAGAAGUCCACCAUUUUGGUUUAGAGGACUAAUAAAGCCAUAAUAGUAGUUCUGGGGUAAGUUAAGCCAGUGAUUCAAGUGAGAAAGUAAAGGAGUCUGAUGAGAGGAUCAGAGUUUCAGUUCAGAUUGUUGAAAUGUUUUACUUUUUCUUUUCAAAAAUACAGCUGUGAAUGUUCUGAAUCACUUUAAGGCAUUCUCAUGUUAAAAUUGCUUUUUAAAAAACAGCUUUUUAACAGUUAUAUGCAAAUAAUUAUUGUACCAGUUGAAUAGUGUAUAAUAGAUAAAAAUACACAUGAAUGUGAAGAAGUGACUGUUAUUUAGGGAGAGAGAAGAUGAGGGAGGGUUGGGGUGGAGAGUGGGGGGUAGUAGGGAUACGGCUCAAAUUACCCCACUCCUAUGGUCAACUUACCCCAUACACGGGGUAAGUUGACCAUAGGAGACCACUUUUUUUGGCAUACUAUAUCAUCAAGACAGUUCUGUUUACACUCAUUCUGUUGGUUUGCAGGGAUGCACAACAUCCUGAAAUAUAUGCAGAUAUACUAGUUAGAGACAAAACUAUGAUUGCCUUGAUGUAGUGAUCUGAAAUAUGAAAAAUGGCUCCUCUUACCCCACUCCCCCCUUUUAAUAACAGGGCAAGAAAUCUAGAGUUACUCAAAUAUCGCACAGUUUCGAUUUAUUUUUAUUUUUUUGCUGCAUCCUCUAGUAUCCCAGUGUGAUAAAUUUCUGUGGCAUCUGUUUUAACAGACCUCACUAAUGACCUUGCAUCAUCAUGACGACCAACCUGAAUCUGCCCUCUCAGCAGAAAGUGGACCCUGAGCAUGAGGCAGAAGUGAGUGUGCAAAGAAAGACUCCCACAGUGCUCUGCUUUCUGCCAGUCUUAUGCCUUCUAUUAAACCCCUAUGAAAAAUUACAAACACUGUCCCUGCAGUUUUCUCUGGCUGUGUGGUCAAGCACAUACUACCUUGUUGUGUUUCUGUUUGUGUCAGUGGGGAAAACAUUUCUUUGCUUCCCACUGAUGCAUUAAUCAUAAUCUAAACAUGUUUCAGCUUGUGAAAUGUGUUCGUAAUUAUAGGGGCCAUGCUCUCCUUCAGACUCAAUGAUGGGUGAGUCACCACAGCGCUUUCAGGUCAUCUCCACUGAGCCUACUUCAACACCACAGCGAAUACAGGUAGCCACUCUGAGUGUCUGCUGUUUUUAGAGGCUGUGACAUUAUCGUCUGCUAAUGGUAGUUGAAUAAAUUGACUUUACAACAUAUAACUUGUCUCUUCAUUCUGUUUUUAAGCUUUAGCCAUGUCAGUGCGUGUUCAUUUACACCUCUCGCCUUGUCCUUUCCUCCUCCUUCCAUCUCUCACAUCCCCAGAUUGUAACCGACCAGCAGACAGGUCAGAAGAUCCAGAUAGUGACAGCGAUCAAACCGUCUAGUGCUCCUAAACAACAGUUCAUUCUGACCACAGCCGACAGCUCAGGAGCAGGCAAGGUUAUCCUGGCCUCACCAGACAGCCACAAUGCUAAGCAGCUCAUCUUCACUGCUGCCGACAGCCUGAUGCCAGGAAGGAUACAGGUACAGUUCACACAUUAUGUGACCCUCUCUGAGGGACAGUUAGGGCAAUGUCUUUUGGCACCGCAUCAAUGUGAACCUAAAGUUUGAUUCUGACUUUGGUGUUUCAGAUUGUCACAGAUCCAGUGUCGAUGGAGCGGUUAUUAGGACAGGCAGGGGAUGUGGGCCGAGCACAGCCGGUGGAGUACUGUGUGGUGUGUGGGGAUAAGGCUUCAGGUACCAGCUUAUGUUUAUCAGGGAUUUACUGUUGUCAUUUUUCCUUCCAGAUACCCAUCUGGUAUCAGUGCUACUCCAAAAACAAUAUUAUUUAUUAGCAGUUUAAAAAGGCAGUAUAAUAAUCCUGCUGUGUUGUGAUAUGACUGCUAUCUUUGUUGUGUGGAUAGACUCAGUACAUAAAGGAAUCUUCACCUGUGUUUGAGACUUUUUGGCACUGGUAUCUGUCGUAGAAUAACUUUUAAGUUUUUGUAACCUGAUGAUAUUUGAAUUUCUGUCUUUUAUGACCGGUGUUAAGUAAUAUUAAUAAAAAACAGUAAGGCUAUUUCUCUCCGUGCUCAGGUCGUCACUAUGGAGCAGUCAGCUGUGAGGGCUGUAAGGGAUUCUUUAAGCGGAGUGUGAGGAAGAACCUGAUGUACAGCUGCCGCAGUAAACAAGACUGUGUCAUCAACAAACACCAUCGCAAUCGAUGCCAAUUCUGCCGGCUGAGGAAAUGCCUCAAGAUGGGAAUGAAGACUGAGUGUAAGUUUGUCUGCAAGUCUUGGGAAAAGACUCAAGUGUCUACAUUUUAAAACCAUUUACCUGCAACAGUUUUAUAGAGUCGUCUCCCUUACGUUUUAUUUUCAGCUGUCCAGAGUGAGAGAAAGCCCAUUGAUGUGUUGCCCAGAGAGAAACAUGCCAACUGCGCCGCCUCCACCCAAAAGAUUUACAUCCGCAAGGAUCUAAACAGUCCACUCAUAGCCACGCCCACCUUUAUUUCAGACACAGAGACUGAUGGCUCCAGGUCAGUAAGAUUUAGAUUUAUAGACUAACCUGAUGUUUGGGCUCUGUGUGGUACUCUAUCUCUUAUUUGUUUUCUUUAACGUUUCUUUUUAUGAUGCUCUUACGCUCUGUGUCAUGCAGAUCAAGCCUGUUGGACCAAGGGAUGCUGGUUAAUAUCCAGCAGCCGAUCAUCCAGAGUGAUGGAACUCUGUUGCUUGCUGCUGACUCAAAGGUAUAUUGACACUUCCAAUAAAAGUCUUCUCAAAUUAGACACUUGUAUCCUGGAUGUUGACAUAAAGAAAGAAAGAUAUAAAAAAGAUAUAUGGCCCUUCAGAUGGCUGUAAAAUACUGAACACACAGUAAAAUGAGGGGUAAUGAUGCAAUAGUUUGGCUUAAGACUGAAAUAACAUUUCUGAACAGGCAGAAUUUCCCUGGUCUCUGAGGAGGUCUCUCACCCCAACAGCCAUCAACAUCUAUGUAAACAUACAAGAUUAAAAUAUUCCAUACGCUGAAAGCCACACAUUCUGUAGGAAUUCUUAAUUUGUCUUUCUCUUUUUUUCCCAGAUGGACUCUGGACAGGGGGACUUGGGGACUUUAGCCAAUGUGGUGACAUCCUUGGCAAGCCUGAGUGACUCACUGAAAGAGAAUCUGAACAAUGGUGAUACCUCUGAUAGCCAACAGGAGGAGCAGUCUGCCAGCGAGAUAACACGGUCAGUCAGCAGGGUUCAGAGAGGAUAAGAGUUAAUGUGAAUCGUUUCUGUUUCAAUUCUUAUCAGUGUUUGACAAUUCACAAUACCAUGUGGUUUUACUUAUUCAUCUAUUUUUUUUUUUUUUUAAAUCAUUCUCUUUUAGGAAUAAGACCAGUUAGUCAAAUAUUUAAAAUCUUUGAAAGUUUUCUGGCUUCACUAAAAUUAAAUAGAUUUUUGUUUUUCUCUGUGCAUUGUUAUCCAAUGACAGAAGCCCUGCUACACUCUGGGAAUGUCAGCAAAACUACAGAACCAGUGGUUUAAAACUCAUAGCCGCAUAAAUAUAAUAAGAACACAUAAACAUUGAAGUCCCAUGGGAAAGUACGUGGACUUACUGGAAAUGUUCGACCUUGAAAGGGAGCCAGGCCUGCACCUGGACACCAUUAAUUACAGAAGGGAGGUUUUGUCUGACGUAAAUAGACGCCAACAGAAAUCAGCCAUUCCAAAAUAUGUGAUAAGGAGACACUAUUUAAAAAAAAACUUGCUGACUGAAGGAAAAAUAAGCAAAAGAGGGGCGUAGAAAAAACUACGCCUCAUUUAAAAAAGUAUAUAAAGAAAUGUUGAAUGAUCAUUUAUUCAGUCGCUCUGCAGAGCUACUCACUGCUUUGUGACUCUGUGAAGGAGAGUAAAGCUUUCUGGAUUCAUCUUUGCUGGACUCUGGAGAAGAGUUUCAACUUAGACCUGACAAACACAGUUAGAGGUAAGAAAAAGUUAAGCCUACAGAAGCUGGAUCUGAUCUGCAUCUGAUUCAGAGGACAAGAAGAGGAAAAGCAACAACAGUAGGACAGCGGACAGAGCAGGAAGCAGGGUGAGAGUGGAGGGAGUGACGUGCGCAAAAGAAGCCGUGGGCUGGAAGUGAACCUGGGCCAACUGCUUGAGGCAAUCCACUAGGCCAGCGGCGCCCCAAAUGGAGUGCACUAUAUUAAUAAUAUCACACUUACAUAGAGUCUUUUAAAAGAAAGUAGUUAACAUGGAAUAAAAAACUAAAUUUUUCCUUAGUCUGAACGCUUACUUUAGUUUCAAAUUCACUUCUCUCUCUCUAAUGGUCAUAUGUAAAAUCAGUUCACUUUUGAGUGUGCAUGUGUGUGUGUUUGUUUUUCAUAGUGCCUUUGACACCCUGGCCAAAGUUUUCAGCCCCGAGGAUGUGGGACAGAAACUGGCAGAAAAGUCACAGUGUGUCAGUGGAACAACCAUUCAGCUGAUUGGUCGAGACCAGGAGACCCCCAUCAUUGAGGUGGAGGGACCGCUGCUCACUGACAGCCAUGUCAGCUUUAAGGUGCUUCUUGUCAAAGAACUAGUAGCGUCAGUAAUAGCAACGUGCACAUGAAUAUUAAAGGCACAUACUCACAAUAAAAAUUCAAAGCCUUUAUUGAUGAAAAUUUACUACAUUUGAGUCUCAUUUUGUCACAAAGAGUGACACAUUUAUUAUGUAUACAAUUUGACAUAAAAAAAAAAAAUGUUAUUUUUUCUUAUACCUUCAUCUUUUGGAUGUCAUUUAUGAAUUUUCUGUGUUAUUUUUCCCCUAUUUUCUUCUUCUCUGCCUUUUCCUCUCUUUUUUUAGCUGACCAUGCCCAGCCCAAUGCCUGAGUAUCUCAAUGUGCAUUACAUCUGUGAGUCAGCAUCCAGACUUCUCUUCCUCUCCAUGCACUGGGCACGCUCCAUCCCUGCCUUCUCAGCUCUUGGGUGAGGAUACGCUUGAUACAAGAAGUUAGAAACCAUGUGCGGAUACACAAAAAAUAGAAAAUAGAAUUAGCUGAUUACUUGAAAGAAUCUCAGUGUGCAAUACAUUUAAAUCUAAAAGAGAGCAGGAUUAGAUUUUGUUGUUGUUAGGUUAAUUUCAUUCACUCAGGGAACAUGGCUACAUAUCUGAAAGCUCACAUUUAAAUACAGCACGUCUGCCUGUGUGCUCACACUGCUUUUUGUCUCUGCCUUGCCAGUCAGGAGGCACACACUAGUCUAGUGCGUGCCUGCUGGAAUGAGCUGUUCACUCUGGGUCUAGCUCAGUGCGCUCAUGUGAUGAACCUGUCCACUAUCCUCACUGCCAUCGUCAAUCACCUACAGAGCAGCAUCCAGGAUGGUAUGGACCUCAGACCUCGUCAACAUGGCUCAGUAGGGAACACACAUACAAAUAAGGUUGUUCACAUAACAGAGGAAGGGCUGAAGCUACUUUUUCUCUUUACUUCUUCAUCCAUGUGUCAAAAACUAGAUGGCUCCUGAGAGCUAUUAGCUAGAUAUCAAUAAACCGUGAUAUAAAGUUGUUUUUGUGAGCAGCAUUGUUCCACAUCCUAGUAUGACACACAUGAGCUGCAAAGGUGCCAAACUCUUGUUUGUUACUUAGCAAUCCAGAUGAUGUGAUGCGUGACUUUAAACAGAGAUAGCAUGUGUGUUUGUUGUUCAUUAGAGAUAGCGUGAACAACAAAAAAGAAAAUGAUAGAUCUUGAUGUAUCAAAUUGGUCUCUGUUGUCUCUCUUGUAGACAAGCUUUCCGGGGAGAGGGUGAAGCAGGUGAUGGAGCAUAUUUGGAAGUUCCAGGAGUUCUGCAACAGCAUGACAAGGUUGGACACUGACAGCUAUGAAUACGCCUACCUGAAAGCUAUCGUGCUGUUCAGCCCUGGUAAGUCCUACAUGAGUGGACUAUACAUAACCAAUGAAGAACUAUGGGUAUGUUAAAAUGUGGUUUCGACGAUUGACCUGUUUUGGGGUUUUUGGAUUGUGUGUGAUUCAUCAGAUCAUCCAGGUGUAGACAGCAGCGGGCAGAUUGAGAAGUUCCAGGAAAAGGCUUUGAUGGAGCUGCAGGACUACGUGCAGAAAGCCUACCCAGAAGACACCUACAGGUACUCUCACUCCUGUGUUUUAACCAGUCAGCUCCAGCGUUAGAGUAUGUAACAGCUCAAUUUGAAAUAUAUAUCUCAAAGUUAAAUGAUUGACUUUAGCAUGCUUAGAGAGAGAAUCAUUGUGUGUUUGUUUUCCCAGGCUGACCCGCAUCCUGACUCGUCUCCCAGCACUUCGCCUCAUGAACUCCAGCAUUACAGAGGAGCUCUUCUUCACUGGUUUGAUUGGUAACGUCUCCAUUGACAGCAUCAUUCCCUAUAUUCUCAAGAUGGAGACGGCCGAGUACAACAGCCAGGACUCUGACCCUUCAGAAUGACAGCCAAUCACAUUCACACUCCAGCACUCCGAACUUUCAAAUUAAAAGUUAGUGAGGCUCCACCUCGGGUACACCAUUUGUCUCUCAUGGGGUUAACUAUUGAACUUGGGUCCAAAACCUUGUAGAGACCCCUUGUUAUCUGAUGAUGCAUGGUGCAAAGUCAUUCAGGAAUCCUCAGUAGAUAAAAAAAAUCUGGUCAUGGAAACCAGGAUGACACUUCGAAUGUUUUCUGAAGCUCAGGCAGUUCAGUUAUUUUGAGUUUCUGACCUAAACUCAGCAAAAGGAAUCCUCUGCAGCUGCAACUCAUCUCCUUUAUUAUCUUUAAAGCACACCAGGCUAAUCACACACAAACCUUACCUUCUGAACUAAGCCUUUUAGAUCAUUUUAAUCUUAUUAAUGCCUUAUCAUGCUCAAACUAAAUAGGUAAAAGCUUACCUAUUUAAAAACAGUACUUUGAAGGUGCACUGUAAAGCUACAUGCUUGUUUCCCUGUUGUGAAAACGGUGUAUUUGUAUAAAAGGUGUUUUUUCAUCCACGUUGCUCAUGAAACUUCAAUUUUAGUUUUAAGAAACUGAAGUUUCACUUUGAGGGACAUUUGCAGUUAUGUACAAGAACAGACUUAAACAGGAAACCCUUUUCAUCUUCAUACCGAGCAACAUCAGCAUAUCAUUGAGCUGCAACCCAGCUUGUUUUUAACUCAAAAGAGCCAGAAACAUCUGAUUUGAUUCUGUUUUUAAGUUAGUCUUUGAAUUCAUAUUUACAAAGUCAUAUCAGCCAGUAAACCAGUUAAAAUAAUAUGUAUAUUUUUAAUGAAUUACAUCCUAGAGACUUGUAACUUUUAGGGUGUUUAGGUACGCUUCUAUCUAAGUUAUCAUGAGCACAUUGCUAAGAUAACCAGUGCAAUCACCUCAUCACUUUUACCCUUAUGACAAUCAACUCUAUGUUAUUUCCUUUGUCCAAUUUUUUUUUUUUUUUGUUAAGAAUGUUUUGCUCUGCGUUUUCUACGUGAUAUUGUCAACUGCAAUUAUUUCCUGUAAGGAUUUUGAUAAUCUAAAAGAUUUUACUUUCAAAAUGUUACUUUUGUGUAGCAAUGCUACUUUUUGUAUUAUUUGUAUUUGCUCGGUGCACAUCAAAUCAGCUUAUGUGGCAUUCCACCAUUUUCAUGCUGACUAAACCUUUUUUGUUUGUGUGUUUUCUAAUAAGUUUGUUGUGAACAAAUUUGCUUUUUGCAUACUAAGUGUACUUAAAGUACUUUUGGGCAGGUUUCCCUUAUUUGAAAAACAAUCCUGGAAGCUGGUCUUGGUUGUCAUGAAUGUCAUGGAGACCAAAUUAAGAUGUACAUUGACUUACCCAUGUGUAUAGCGAUUUAAAGUGAGCAUCUACGGCAACAUAAAGGCUGAGGGAUGUUAAGACAUGAGCGAGGAUUAUGUCUUGUAAAAUCAAGUUAAUUGUUUUGUUUGGGUUUAAAGCCCACUGAGACUGUUUGUAAAGGCACUGUCUAAAAAAAGGCCUUUGUACGUGUAAUUUCAUAAAAAUGAGUGCAUGUUGUUUCUAAAGGUUUUAUAUACUUGUUGCUUUUUUUCCUUAUAAGGAGCAUUGUUAUCAUUUUUGUGCAUUGAAGUGCAUGAAGAAGUUGCUUAAGUGCAUUUUAUCAAAUGCUGUAUGAAAAGUGUGUUUUUUUAAAUCAAUGUUGUGGCUCUAAAAUAUCCAACAUGAGCAGCUCCCAAAUUAAUGGACAUUAGAUCAAAUAGGAUUAUUUCCAGCAUUGUGGAAUAAGCAGACUGUUUAAAUUAUUUACCUAAUGUACUUCGUUUUUCUGCUCACGUGAACGAUGUUCCCUCUAACACCAUUGAACACCAUCAAACAACUGUCAUGCUCUGCCCACGUUUGUCAUAACCCUACAUUUCUACCUCAGACCGAUAAAGACAUUAAACAAAUGUAUUACAACUGAGCUUCUGUAUCAGCAUUCCAGUCUCUGUGGCUAGCUUCUCUGAAGCCAUCCAUCAUUAAAGGAAUAAACAGUUAAUAGUGAAACGUAA